GAGAGUUUUAUUGUGAAGAGGACUGAUCCGAACGUGACCUUCAGACCCGGAACUACUUUCCCGGAGCGCAGGGAUUCCUGUCCGUGUGUUGUCCUUCUGACCUGGACCUAAUUAACGCUACUGGCAGAAGUGUGCGUUGCCGCCUGAUGUGGUGCACCCCCCCGGCUGCAGCAUGAACCCGGCCCCGUGUGGGUCUGUGCUCCGGCUCUGUGCCGCGGGGAUCAAACCUCGUGCAUCAUCAGCCGCCGGCGCCUUGAGGUCGACCACAGCCUCUUGUCUCCCACGAGGCUCCGCCCACUCGCCGCCUGCGCCCUGCAGACGUUCUUACUGCAGCGACAUCAAGAUGCGCUCCUAUCUUCAAUACCUCAAACGCAAGAUCAUCCCCCCCCCCUCCCCUCCGUACGGCCACGUGUGCCAGGUCGGGGACCCGGUGCUGAGGUCACACGCUGCAGCCGUCGACCCGGCAGCCAUCACGCAGCCGGAGAUCCAGAAGGUCAUCAGCACCUUGGUGAGAGUGAUGCGCAGACUGGAGUGCGUGGGCCUCAGUGCGCCUCAGAUCGGGGUGCCGCUGCGGAUCCUGGCGCUGGAGUAUCCCGAGGGGAUGUUGGAGGAGAGCUCUGCUGCGUCCAGGGAGGCCCGCGGUCUGUCCGCCCAGCCGCUCAGGGUCUUCGUGAACCCUCAGCUCAGAGUGCUGGACGGACGCACGGUGCUCUUCCAGGAAGCCUGUGAGAGCAUCUCAGGGUUCUCCGCCACGGUUCCUCGCUACCUGUCUGUGGAAGUGUCGGGUCUGAAUGAGAAGAGUGAAGCGGUCACGUGGCAGGCGAGCGGCUGGCCGGCUCGGAUCCUCCAGCACGAGAUGGACCACCUGGACGGGGUCCUCUACACCGACCGCAUGGACACCAAGUCCUUCAUCAACAUCAACUGGCAGAGGCACAAUGAGUAGAAGACAAUCCACAGGACAGAGCUCAGUCAUCUGGGAAACUUGAAGUUAACCGAUUAGUUUCUGGUUAGAAUCAGAGCCGAGUGACUGGAUCAUGAAGAACUGGGUCACUGCACCGGACCAGUUAUUAACCAGAAGCUAAAGAGAGGAAACUAAAACAUUGAUGUCCCUGUAAAGAACAACCAGGAGUUCUGUGGAUAAGUAAAGUGGCUGAUAUGUUCAUAACGACAUGAGUGAAUCACUUGUUAACAAACUCUUGUAAAUAAACUGUUAUCAUUAAAAUAUGGAAGAAUUGGU